AUUGAACUUACAUAACACUCCCACCCAUUCUCUUUCCUUUCUAUAUAAUCUCCACCAACACGGCCCCUGCUACACUUCAAAACCACCCUCUCCUUCCUUCUUUAUACCCCUCUCUACGUGUGAAAAAGCUCACUCUCUUUCUCUCACCAAAACCAACUACCCAAUAGUCUCAAACUCAGUCUCUCAGUGCACAAGUUCUUCUUCAAACGCAAAAAGGGUCUAGAGAUGAUGGUUGGAAAGGAAGAUUUGGGUUUGAGUCUAAGCCUCAACUUCCCUCAGAAUACCCAAAAUCCCCAACAGCUGAAUCUCAUGUCUUCUUCUACUCAUUCCUCUUCUCCUUCUGCUUGCAAUCCUCACAAGGCCUCUUGGAACGACCCUUUCACUUCCUCAGAUCGAAACUCCGACACAUGCAGAGGCGAAGCUCGAUCGUUCCUGCGCGGAAUCGACGUGAAUCGGUUACCUUCUGCGGUUGAUUGCGAAGAGGAAGCAGGAGUUUCGUCCCCAAACAGCACCGUUUCGAGCGUAAGCGGAAAACGAAGCGAGAGAGAUGCUAACGGCGAAGAACACGACAUGGACAGAGCCUGUUCCCGAGGAAUCAGUGACGAAGAAGAUGGUGAAACCUCAAGGAAAAAACUUCGACUCUCCAAAGACCAAUCAGCUAUUCUCGAAGAAAGCUUCAAAGAACACAAUACUCUUAACCCAAAGCAAAAGUUGGCACUGGCAAAGCAGCUAGGCCUUAGACCAAGGCAAGUAGAGGUGUGGUUUCAGAACAGAAGAGCGAGGACUAAGUUGAAGCAAACAGAGGUGGACUGCGAGGUGUUGAAAAGGUGCUGCGAGAAUCUGACGGAGGAAAAUAGAAGGUUGCAGAAGGAAGUUCAGGAGCUUAGAGCACUGAAACUUUCCCCUCAGUUCUACAUGCAGAUGACCCCACCAACCACACUCACUAUGUGCCCGUCUUGUGAGCGGGUGGCUGUUCCAUCUUCCGCCGUUGAUGCUGCCACCCGUCAUCAUCCCAUGGCCCAGGCCCAUCCUCGGCCCAUCCCCAUUGGCCCAUGGGCUUCGACAGCCCCCAUUCCGCACCGGCCGUUUGAUGCCUUCCAUCACUGAUCAUGGUGGUUUACGGGUGUUUUGGUCAUUGUGAAUUGUUGUUGUUAUUAAUAUGGGCCUUUUGUUAGUACUUGUACCAUUUAGGGGUACCCUGAAAGAAAAUGAGGAAAUUGGGGGGAACAUUGAGAAGCUGUUGUAAUAGAGUGCAGUGGAAUCGUGCGGUCUAGGAUAUGGUAUUAGAAGACGUGAUUCGGUGGGUCUCCAAUGUUUUGUACUAGUUUUGACCCAUCAUCUUUUGUUUUGUUUUGUUGGGUAUGACCUAUUAGUUAGGAGGUUUUCAGUUUUUAGUAAUACUUAACUUUUCCCCCCUCAAUGUCAAGACUAAACAGACUCUGUGUAAAGUGCAAUCAUCUAAUUAAUUAUAUAGACUUCGUUUCCAUAGCCUAUUUCACU